AGUAGUGUGGUUUGUGAAAUGGUCAACGUCAAGGAACAACAGUGAGCCAUGAUGUGAUGAGUCAAUGUGUUAGUGAUCAGUGAUAGGAAACGCUUUUGCAUUAGGUGUUCUUGAAGCACAUCAAAUUAGUUUGACUUAAAAUCUUACAACUUUCUAAAGGAAGCCUUAUUUUUAGAAAAUGUUAAAAUUUAAUUAGAGUAAUAAUGUCACUAACACGUUAUUAUUACAUUGAUUUUAUAUAUACUGAAAAUGGAAAAUUUUAUCCAUGGCGAUCAAGAACCAGACAACCAGCUAAAGCUAGUUGAUUUACAUACUGAUGAUUUAAUUUGUAUUUUCAAAUUUUGUGAUUCCUUGACACUAAGGAAUCUAAGUAUGACAUGUAAAAGAUUACAUGAUGUUGUCAGAGAAGAUUGUAUUUGGUUAAAAUGGAGCAAUCGGUGCAUGGUUACUAAUCAACUGUCAAAUGAAGUCUUAUCAAGGACUUCAAAGAAACUUGAAGCAAAAGAGAGAUGUAGGAUUAGUGCCAACUGGAGAUACGGCUGCUAUAGGGAGAAAGGUUACAACACUCAUGUCAGAUACAUGCCAUGGCUGUACCUCCAAAGCAGAGUGCUCUGGAUCAGUCAGGGUUCAAAUAUCUUGGCUGUGAAGAGGUUGCCGGAAGGGCUCAAGAUGGAUUCACCUCUUAUGAACUUAAAAAUGGGUCAUAAAGAGGACAUAUCUCGCUUUGUAGUGACCGAUGACAUGAUUUAUAGUGCUAGCAGUGACAAAAACAUCUAUGGAUGGUCAAUUUCUACAGAGAGACCUAGACCUGUUUUCUGUCUCAAAGCGAUUCACAGUCAGAGUAUUUUGGGAAUUGAUUGUAAAAGGAACAUUCUAGUCUCUGGUUCAAAAGAUAGUACUAUAAAGAUAUGGCAGUUACAGGAGACAGGCUCUCCAAACUGCACCCAGACAGUUAACGUGUCAGAUCGUGUGUGGUGUGUUGCCGUUAAUCCCUCUCUUGCUUCCAUUGCUGUUGGCUCUGCAGGCUACAACAGUGUACAUCCAAUUCAGUUGUACGAUACAGAGAGGGGGGAUGAGUUGCCUAUCACCAGAAGUGUGAGGAAAAAUGGAGCUGCAGUGUUUGACAUCCGCUGGGAGAGUCCAGAUGUGUUCUUAACCUGCGGUCAUGACACAGUGAUUCGCCUCUGGGAUCUCAGGUUGGGCAGGUGUGUGCAUGCAUGGACUGAUCCGUUCAAUGCGCCAGGCUACUGUCUCGCUACGGAUCAGCAUUACUCUAUACUCUGUGGCACUGCUCACCACGGCCGGGCUCAAUUGUGGGACAAGAGGUCAACUUCUAGUGUGCAGUCAUACUUUGGGCGGAGUAUGGCCAGCAGCCCUGUAUACAGCCUGAGCUUCGACUCCAAUCAGUUGUUUCUGGCACAGGACUCGAGUAUCAACGUGCUAGAUUUCUCCGGAUACCACCAGCCUGGUUCCCACCGUGCUGACUACAGUGCUUACUGGCAAAAUAAACCACAGCUGACACAUUAGUGCCUGGAAAUCAAAUACAAAACAUUUUUAGUCAAA